GUAUGGACCGGAAGUUAGACCGGAAGGAGGAAAACACUAAUGUAGCUAGCUGGUAGCUAACCAUGAAUAUAUUAUUUAGUGUAGAGGUAAAUAUUGUCAAUAAUUCCUCAGGUUUCUAUCAAACUGUAACGUUAGUAACAAGCUAGUGUCCCGUAGAGCCUUCUGCUGUUUCGGGGUAAUGCGGAUUGACAGAAGAAUCUAACCCGGAAGCUGGCCUGGAAGAAAGAAGAUGCUUAUGUUGAUAGCUAGCUAGCUUAGUUUGGAAGUGUCUGAAAUGUGUCUGAUAUCAUUUGAUGUCGUUUAAAUUAGACUUGGAUUUAGCCCAACUCGGACUAUAUACGUGGAGCUAGCGAUAUUUUCAACGACCAUUUCAUAUAGUUUUGCUAUUUGGUCUAGGAAAGUAAAUUAUCUAGCUACCGUUGGCCUAGCUAGGUAGCUAUCUGAGUUGUAUGGAAGCUAAUGUGACCUCGUGGUGAACUGUCGGGGAUUUGAGAAGAAUCUGCUUUAGUUUAAUUCAGUGACCCAACUCCUUCAUAGGAAAGUAUUUCUGAAGAAUUCACGAUGGAUGAGGAUUCUGCUGACCCAUCCAACCCCCCUCUCUCCUGCUCCACUGAACCCAACCCUCCGGAGUCACCGGUUCCUGACUCUAACCACAGAGACAUGGACACCUGCAGUGAAAUACCCAGAUUUAACAUUGUAGUCAAGGAGGAGGAGGAAGACUGGGACGUGGAUAAUACUGAAGAGAGACCUGACCACUGUUCUGAGAGUGAAGGGAGUCCCUCUACAACAGGACUACCUGAACAACACCAGGGGAAUCACACAGCUAAGAAGAUGCACUGCUGUUCAGUGUGUGGAAAAAACUGUCACAAGUUAUCAAAACUACAAAUACACAUGAGAACUCACACAGGAGAAAAACCUUACUCCUGCUCUGUCUGCGGGAAGCAAUUCAGUGAGAAAGGAAACCUGAAAAAACACCAGACGUUGCACACAGGAGAGAAGCUGUACAGUUGCUCCGUGUGUGGUGAGAGUUUCUCUUCAUCGUCAAUUCUUACCAAUCACCAGAGAACACACACAGGAGAGAGUCAAGUGUCUGUAGAAGAGUGUGGUUUUACACCACCACUUGUUAUCAAAGUGAAAGAGGAGGACGAGGAUCCUGCUUUUGCAGAGAGACCUGACCACUGCUCUGAGACUGAAGGGAGUCCCUCUACAUCAGGAUUACCUGAACAACACCAGGGGAAUCACACAGUUAAGAAGAUUCACUGCUGUUUAGUGUGUGGAAAAAACUGUCAGAAGUUAUCAAAACUACAAAUACAUAUGAGAACUCACACAGGAGAAAAACCUUACUCCUGCUCUGUCUGCGGGAAGCAAUUCAGUGACAAAGGAAACCUGAAAAAACACCAGACGGUGCACACAGGAGAGAAGCUGUACAGUUGCUCCGUGUGUGGGGAGAGUUUCUCUUCAUCGUCAAAUCUUACCAAACACCAGAGAACACACACAGGAGAGAGUCAUGGUUUUACAACACCACUCGUUAUCAAAGUGAAAGAGGAGGACGAGGAUCCUGAUUUUGCAGAGAAACAUGACCACUGCACUGACAGUGAAGUGGGUCACUCUACAUCAGGAGAACCUAAAAGAAAACAGGAGAAUCACACAGCAAAGAGCUCUCACUGCUGUUCAGUGUGCGGAAGAGAUUGCCAAAAGCUAUCAUCACUGCUAAUACAUAUGAGAAUACACACAGGAGAAAAGCCAUACCCUUGCUCUGUGUGUGGAAAGCAGUUCCGUGUAAAAAGACAUCUUCAAGACCACCAGAAAGUGCACACUGGAGAGAAACCUUACGUCUGCUCCAAAUGUGACAAGAGGUUUGGUUUCGCCUCAGCCUUGAAAAGGCACCAGUGGUUACACGCAGAAGAGAAACCUUACUCCUGCUCUGUGUGUGGGAAGGGUUUUGGCCGUCCAGAUCAGUUAAAGGACCACUCUCUGCAACACGCAGGGAAACCCCACUGCUGUUCUGUGUGUGGGAAGGGUUUCAGCCGUCCAGAUCAGCUAAAGGACCACUCUCUGCAACACGCAGGGAAACCUCACUACUGUUCUGUGUGUGGGAAGUGUUUCAGUGAGAAGAGGUAUCUUGAAGACCACCAGUCAGUGCACACUGGAGAGAAACGACACCCUUGCCCUGUCUGCAAGAAGAGUUUUGUAAGAUUAGCUGGCCUUAAAGUCCACCUCAGAUAUCAUACAGGAGAGAAACCUUACAGCUGUCCUAAAUGUGGCCAGAGCUUCAUUAGUUCUCAAAAACUUCAGAGACAUCAGAAAACUCAUGCUGCUUUACCACCUGUUGAGUUUCAAAACCCUGUUACAAUUGAAGGAGAGCGGGAGGGAGAAGAUGAGGAAGUUGGUGGUCUGAUUAAUUCAGAUGGAGAAGAGGUUGGUUGGGAUCUUCAUCGUCUCGACGAGAGUUCGGAGGGAGAACCUCUACAUCAGGAGAACCUAAAGAAACCUAGGGAAUCUCAAAGCUCAGAGAUACAGUUGCUCUAUAAGAUCAGGCCCAAGGGAUCCUGGGAGGGCGGGCCGCGUCAAACAGCAGAUAAGAUCAGGCCCAAGGGAUCCUGGGAGGGCGGGCCGCGUCAAACAGCAGAUAAGAUCAGGCCCAAGGGAUCCUGGGAGGGCGGGCCGUGUCAAACAGCAGAUAAGAUCGGGCCCAAGGGAUCCUGGGAGGGCGGGCCGUGUCAAACAGCAGAUAAGAUCGGGCCCAAGGGAUCCUGGGAGGGCGGGCGGGCAAACAGUAAGAUCAAGGGAUCCUGGGAGGGCGGGCCGUGUCAAACAGCAGAUAAGAUCGGGCCCAAGGGAUCCUGGGAGGGCGGGCCGUGUCAAACAGCAGAUAAGAUCAGGCCCAAGGGAUCCUGGGAGGGCGGGCCGUGUCAAACAGCAGAUAAGAUCGGGCCCAAGGGAUCCUGGGAGGGGGGUUGGCCGUGUCAAACAGCAGAUAAGAUCAGGCCCAAGGGAUCCUGGGAGGGCGGGCCGUGUCAAACAGCAGAUAAGAUCAGGCCCAAGGGAUCCUGGGAGGGCGGGCCGUGUCAAACAGCAGAUAAGAUCGGGCCCAAGGGAUCCUGGGAGGGCGGGCCGUGUCAAACAGCAGAUAAGAUCGGGCCCAAGGGAUCCUGGGAGGGCGGGCCGUGUCAAACAGCAGAUAAGAUCGGGCCCAAGGGAUCCUGGGAGGGUUGGCCGUGUCAAACAGCAGAUAAGAUCAGGCCCAAGGGAUCCUGGGAGGGCGGGCCGUGUCAAACAGCAGAUAAGAUCAGGCCCAAGGGAUCCUGGGAGGGCGGGCCGUGUCAAACAGCAGAUAAGAUCAGGCCCAAGGGAUCCUGGGAGGGCGGGCCGUGUCAAACAGCAGAUAAGAUCGGGCCCAAGGGAUCCUGGGAGGGCGGGCCGUGUCAAACAGCAGAUAAGAUCGGGCCCAAGGGAUCCUGGGAGGGGUUGGCCGUGUCAAACAGCAGAUAA